AUGUCCGACGCGCCCUCGCCCGAGGUCCCACGCACGUACUCGGGCGACGCCGUCGAUACCGACGCCGAAUCGUUGUUACCGUCGCGCACCGCGAGCGAUGAUUCGACCGCUCGAGCGUCGAGCGCCGACGCAUUCGUCCCCGUCCCGCUCGCCGUCGACGAUCGCGCGACGCCGCCGAUGCGGUACCGCGCCGCGGAUGCGCUCGACGCGAUGGGCUUCGGAUCGUUCCAAGUGAUGAUCUUGGCGUUCGUCGGCCUGGCGUGGACCGCGGACGCGAUGGAGAUGAUGCUGCUGAGCUUUCUCGGACCCGCGAUGCGAUGCGAGUUCGGCGUCGGGAAGACCGCGGAGGGGCUGUUGACGAGCGUGGUAUUCGCGGGGAUGAUGAUCGGAGCACCGAGUUGGGGCGCGAUGAGCGAUCAGAGGGGGAGAAGGCCGGCGCUGUUGGGGAGCGCGACGGCGACGCUCGCGGGCGGCGUCGGAAGCGCGCUCGCGGGGUCGUUCGGAGCGAUGUUGUUCUUUCGGUUUUGCGUCGGCGUUGGGUUAGGAGGGGUGCCGGUGGCCUAUGGGCUGUUCAUAGAAUUCUUACCGAGUGGGAAUCGAGGGAUGAAUCUGUGUUUGAUUGAGUUAUUUUGGACGCUCGGGUCGGCGAUCGAGAGCGGCUUGGCUUGGAUCGUGUUACCUCACGGAUCGUGGAGACUGCUCUUGUUACUGUCGACGACGCCGUUGUUCGCGUUCAUCGUGUGCAUAAUCAUCGUUCCGGAGAGUGUGAUGUACUCGGUGAGCGCUGGGAGAAUGGAUGAGGCGAAGGAGACGCUUCGGCGCGUGUCCAAGGCGAACGGUAAGCCGUUACCGCCGGGCGAGCUCGUCGCGUCGCACGCGGGCGACGCUCCCGAGUUGGAGGAUCGAACGGUGUUCCUGGGGAGUGAAUCUCGAACGAAGAAGUUCUUGAGGAAACACGUUCCCACGAGCUUUCGAGCGCUGUUAUCGAAGACUCACGCGAAGACGUCGCUGUUGGUUUGGCUCAUCUUCUUCGGCUGCGCGUUCCUGUACUACGGUGUCGUCCUGCUCACGACGACACUAAACGUCCGCGAGAACGCGUCGGCGUCGCUGAAAUGUUUGCAGAACAACUCACCGUACUUGACCUCGGGUGAGUACGCGGACAUUUUCUUCAGCUCACUUGCCGAGGUUCCCGGAGUUCUCAUCGCCGUCGCCGUCAUCGAUAGAAUCGGUCGGCGAGGAUCGAUGGCGCUCACGUUAGCCGCCACCGCGGUGUUCACCUUUCCCGUUGCCUUCAAAUCUAUCGGUGUCGGUAUUCGAGACGUUGCUCUGUUUUGUUCCAGAAGCGCAGCUUUCGCUUCGUUUACUAUAUUGUACGUCUUCACCGGCGAAAUCUACCCGACGAGGAUUCGAAGCUCGGGCCUGGGCGUCGGCAACUCCUUCGCCCGUAUCGGUGGUAUCGCAUGUCCCCUGUUCGCUGUCACUCUGGUCGAGACCGGUCACCGGGUUCUUGCCGUGACAUUCUUCCUCGUUGUCGCCGUCGUCGCCGUCGCCGCCACGCUCUCCCUGGACAUCGAAACCACCGGUCGCAAACUCGACGCCGACGACGAACCGGGCGUGGAGCUCGCCCCUGUCACUUAG